CAAUAUCUGUGAUAAAAUGUAAUGUCUUGAUCAAUUUGAAAAAUAAUUAGAUUUUAAUUAAAUACUGAAGUAAAUAAUCAUGUUCAGAAGAUUGUGAUAUAAAGAAGAAGUACAAUGACGACUGACAAUAUUUUGCAAUUGCCUAUUGAUAUCUUAGUAAAUAUAUUUAAGCUAUUAAAUAUAAAGGAUCUUCAUAAUGUAAUGUUAACUUGUAAGCUUUUAAAAGAUCUAAUAAAAAAUGAUAAUACAAUAUGGAGGCAUCUCUCGCGAGAUAAGUUAAUUAUUGGUUAUUCAGAUAAAAGACGACCAAUUGAAUUAUGGUACAAUCGGUGCAGAACAUCGCAAAACUGGUGCAAUGGGUAUUAUAGAAUUAAGCUGGUUAUUAAGCACUACACAAACUAUAUGCCAUGGCUAACAUUCCACAAUUCUGAAAUCUUACUUGUAUCAGUUGGUUCUGAACUUCACUGCUACCCUACCAAUAGAAAAGGUACACCAAACUGUAGAGAAGCUCUAUGGAAGGUUGAAGUUCCUAAAAUACCAAGGCAUGAUGUGAGAACCAAUGACAUCUCCAGGUUUAUCAUAAAGAAUGAUAUUAUUGCUUGUGGAAAUAGAGAUGGCUGUUUGGCAGUGUAUAAACUUAAUAACACAAGAAAGAGGCCAUGUUUACAAUAUCAUGUACAAGAUUGUCAUAAAAGGGGUGCAGUGGAGGUAACAGCUGUUGAAGUACUUGAUGGAAGAAAUCAAACAAUAGUUGUUACCGGCUCUAGUAAUAGUUCAGAAUUACAAUUUUUUGGCCUAAAGAAAGAAAGUGAUAAUAUUACUUAUAUUUGCAAAGGCAAUGAUAAGAAUUUAUUUAAUAUCUCUAUGUAUGAAACUGCUGGCACAAAAUGUAUGGCUCUUAAUAGUUCAUCUGACAAAUUAGCUAUAGGUCUCACUGGCAACAGUAGACCUAUUUUGCUUGAUGUGAAUAACCCCAGAGUUCUGAUGGCGGCAGAUACAACAAAGAAUCGCAAGGAAGCAGUGCGUGACAUCCAAUGGCAUAAUGACAACACAUUAUUAUAUGUCACUCAUGCGGGGCACCUGCAAUUAUUAGACAUAAGGUCUCAUGAAAUGGUGUACCAUUCGUGGGAUCCUUUUCGAGCAGCGUUUUAUUGCGUCAAAUCAGAUGGACAAUGUGCAAUGGUGGCAGGAUCGGCUGAAUAUUCGCGUUGCGUUUUAUUCGAUACGCGCAAACAAAUACAUCACGUGCAGAUGUUUUUUACACAAAAGAAAGCCUCUCCCGUGUAUAGUUUAGAUUUCGACCCUUACCAACUUAUAACAGCAAUAGAUAGAGGAGUUUCAGUUUUAGACUUCAACAUAAAUACUACUUUUGAAGAACCAAAAGAUUAUUCCCAGGUUUUCCACUGACAGUACUUUAUUAGUAAUAUAUUGUACAUAAUAUGAUAAACUACUUUGUUUUAUUGAUAUAUUACUAUUAUAUUAUUUAUUUUAUUGGUAUACUUACGAAUACGUUCACGACGGGAUGCCGUCAGUUCUGCAUUAUGAUGUCAUAUCCGAACCCGGGAAAAUAGCGCAAAACAAAAUUUCAUACAAACUUUCAUCUCCUAUUUUACCCCUUGGGGGUAGAAUUGAUGAAAAUGCUUUCUUACGAGGUGCUUGCAUCAUAACAUCUAUCUAAUUCAAAGUACACAGUACCAGAUCACGGUAUAUAACGGCUAUUCAAACAUUGUGAAACACUCUUCUCUUAGCCACUUUUUUAUGGGAGGAUCGUACGGAAGGAAAGGACAUGGAAGGCAUACGAAUAUACGGAUCUCCUGAUAGUAAUCGAUCAACCCUAUUCAUAGACUUACAAUAAGCAGAGGCCUUAGUACGAGUUUGAUUUACGUCUAUAGUAUUCGAAAUGAGUACGCGUUCGGCGCACUAAUGAGCUGGCGCCAAUGAACCAUCAGGGAGGGAGAUGACUAUUACCCGCUAUUCUGGUAGAGAAUAGAGAAUAUCAAUUGCCUUAAUAAAAAAUAUUACUCUCCCUUCAACUUUUCAAUUUUUAAAACUAUAUUUUUAUAGAUUCUGAAUACCUAGUUUCGAGAUUUUAUAAAUCUCAUAGGAUUCUCACACAUUUCCGGUAACACAUACAUAAAAACUAUAGUAAAAAUGGAUAUUUAUACUUACAGUAUUUAAAAAUACUGACUGUAUAACCCAAAAACCCGCUUAUCUCUAUGUAGGUACCUACCUAAUAAUGUCCUUAAUGAGGCUUAUUGACUUUAGUCCGGCCCCGUUCAAGCUAUAAAUUGCGCAUAAGUGUAUUUGUCUCACAAAUUUUAGGUACCCAAUGUUGGGUCUACUUAACUAUUUUAAGUCUGUGGCAAUGUUACAGCGCCACCCAAGAACACACACCAGAGGGUCACAGGUUUAAACUUUCUUGAAUAAUGAAUUCUCCUUUGUUAUUUUUCUAGUAUGGCAACACUUAUAAUGUCAACUUGACAAUAGAAAGAAUAGAAUAGAUCCAAAACUAAAAUUUAUCUGUCAAAAAAGUAAAACCAAAACACAAAAUAUUAACCUAAAAGUA